AUGGCCCGAUCGUCACCCCUCAGUCCGGAUGGCCAGUUUCCCAUCGUCCUGGUUCCGGAUAAUGGAGGGACCGAGGACGAAGGGACAGCCACCGAGUCGGACACAGAACAAACCGAGUCGUACAGGCACAGAAGGAAGUUGGACCACCGGGACGAACGACAGCAGCAGCCGCCGCAGCCACAACCGCAACCGCGACCACCACCAGCGCCCCGUCAUCCCAUUCCGUCCAUGCAAGAAGCCUUCGCAGAAUCCCUAUUCGAAGCCACCCAGGGCGGUGCGACCCCAAAACCCAAACUGCGUACCGGCGACGCCAAAACCCGUCGGGAGCAGCUGUUGGAGCAAGACAAGUCGGCCAAACCCCCGGCGGCCCAAUGGCGCUAUCGUCCGGGGCAACAAACGCACGAGCUGCGUCGACUGAUGUCGCAAAUCUCCUUUGGCGUUUAUCUUUUGCUUAACGGGAUGGCGAAUAGCCAAAUGUCCGUCGUGACAAUUCUCCAGGGGCAUAUUGACGAGGUGGAUGAGUUUCUGGAGACGAUCCUGGAGGAUAUUGGCCUGGCAACCAAGGAUUUAAGCGAGCGCAUCAUUCAUUUGAGGUUGCCUAUGGAUAACAUCGAGGUUUUCGAACGGAUGCUGGAGGAUCGCAACUUUCGGCUUAGAAUUAUUCAAGGAAACGAGAAAAUCGAGCAUAUCGUGGCCCGGACACAGGUCGCCCUUCAGCAAAUCAUGAAUGACAUUACCGAAGGACUGGAGUCUACGAGGGAUUUUACUAUUUAUCUGGCGGAACGGCAGCACGGCCGCUGGCGGAAAGAGCGCCCAGACGUAAUCGACAUAUUUGAUGCAAUGAAGGGAAAUACCGAUGGGUGGUUCCAAGCGUUUAUGGACUUGGAAGAGAAGGGCAAUGCUCUAAAUGGAGUAAUUGUCCAGUUGAUUGGCAUCAUUUCCGAGAUGGAGCGGAGGGCGGGUGAAGUGAGCCGAAAGACACGAUUCACCAUCGAGCCUUUCACAUCACCGCGUCACAGCCCCCAUGCUUCCGACGCAUCCUCGGUAACAACACCCCCGACGUCUCCCAUCGCCAAAACUCCAAAUACACCCCCUCGCUUAUCGUUGCGGCUCAGUUCGAUCGUGGAGGGCAAGCAGUCGUCGCCAACCUCAUACUUCGAUCUGAAGAUUACUCGUACACCUACGCAUUCAACGUCAAUGGAUAUCCCAUCGACACUUGAGACAACUCCCGAGAUAAAGGAGGAAAUCAAAGAAGAGGAGGAAGAAGAAGAGCCGGUUUACCUCCUUCAACCCAAAACGUACACACCACAAACAUCGCCUCUUCCCUCUCCUCGCGUGUUCGACCGCCCGAAGCCGAAGGAUGAACCGGUCAGCUACAAGCCGGAAUCACCGGUGCCCACCAUUGAAAAGCCGAAGGAACAGACACUGGAGGCAAAAGUGUAUAGUCAGGAACCGACACUGGAGGCAAAAGUGUAUAGUCAGGAACCGACACUGGAGGCAAAGGUGUAUAGUCAGGAACCGACAUUGGAGGCAAAGGUGUAUAGUCAGGAACCGACAUUGGAGGCAAAGGUGUAUAAUCCACGUGCAGCACAACCCCAGCUUAGGCCGCAACCCUCGAAGGAGCUCAGAUCGCAACCCUCGAAGCCAAAGUUGGCCCCGGUUGAUACGAGAGAUUCAAGACCAACAUCAAAGCAAAGCCACAGGACGACACCAGAGUCACCCCAGCUCAGACCGCAACCUUCGAAGCCAAAGUUGGCCCCGGUUGAGACAAGGGACUCCAGACCAACAUCGAAGCAAAGCCACAGAAUAUCGCCGGAAUCACUGCCAGAGGUAGUAGUCCAUCCGGAGCAAAGAUCCUCAUCCAGACAACAAGUUUCACAGAAGACGACACCGCCGGACUCGAUACAUAUAUCUCGACCCGACUCGCCAGAAUACCGAGACUCGUUGUUCCCAUCGUCCAGAGCGUACCAGGCAUCGGAUUCUGCUUAUGGAUCGGACAUGGAGCGACCACCAGUUAACUCGAUCGCAUCGUUCGAUACAGUCUCCGACUUUCCGCCGCCGCCACCACUCAUGCACCCUGGUUUUGUCUCCUCACCUCACUCAGAAAGCGGGAUGCAGUUCUGGCGCCCUGUCCAAGCGAGCCCGCACUCUCCCUUGCAACAAAGACCGCACACUUCAGGAACUCAGUACAGCGUGCAGGGGCAACAGUCCCCGUAUCAGUCACCAUACCAGUCUCCCCAACAGCCACUUGGCCAGCUUCACCAGAUACCGCCACGAAACCUCCCUUCUGCUAUGGGCAUGAGCGUGAGGAGCAACACGACGACAGGGACGACAGCGAGCCAGGAGACGACCGGUGGGAAAUCGCUGAAGAAAAAGCGAAGCGCGUUUGGGUGGCUCAAGAAGGCGUUCGCUUUGGAUGAAGAGGAGCGUGCCGCUUUUGAAGCAAGAAGACAGAUGGAGACCAGGAACCUGUACUAUGACGGCAGGAGCGCCCAGUUCUUGGACGGGAAACGGAUACAGCCUCCACUGCCUCGUCAACCUGGACCAUAUCAGUCUGGACCGUAUCAAUCUCAACAGUUUCAGCAGUCUGGACAGUUUCCGCCUGGACAGUUCUGA